CAGUUCGUCCGUCAAACAACUUCCCCAACUUCUGAGCAAAACUUCGUCCCAGGAUAAAAAGCCGAGCUGAGAUUUAUAUUAGAGGAAGUCACAUCGAAGAGAAGAAGAGUGUCGUGAACUAAUCCCAGUUUCAAAAGGAUUUGUUGUGAGCUGAUAAAUGCUGCCACCAUGAUGAGGCAGCUGAAACUAGACUACAGGGACCCAUGUAUGUUUGGGGAGGAGAUACAGUCCUUAAUGUACGGCUUCUUUGCCAGAAAUAGAUCUACAUUUAGAGAUAUGAUCAAAGAUCUGGGCCAUUUAUACUGGAGGAGAUUCUUGGUGACUUUCAAAGCGCAUUGUAUGAACAUUCAACUGAUUGCAAACCCUUACGACCUGGGUUCAUCCUACAGAAAUGUGAUCAUCGAAGGGUUCAACUACUUGGACAUGCAGAUUUUGAUUGGUGAGGAGAAUGUGGUGAAGAUGGAAGAGUUUAUUGAAGACACAGCUGUCUUGGCUUCCUACAGACACCUCAUGAAUAAUCUAGAUGCAAAGUCACACUCCAAAGAUCCUUUUUGUGUGAGAGAAUGCAGGGAUGUAUUCAAGAAAGUGUUCGGUGAACCCAGCAAGGGACCGUUCACCAAAGUCAAGGCGUGGAUAUUCCUAUCCAUUUAUCUGCGUGCAGCUGCAGCUCUUAUCGUAACGCUGCGUCGUUGGAUGGACUCAACAGUCAUUAUCAAGCAUGAUGACCCAGACUAUUGGACACCCCCACCUUGUGACAUUUUCCUCUUCUAUUCCUUCUCGGAUGAAGUCUUCAAACUUCUCCCGAGCCAGACGACUCAUAGAUCUCCAAAGAUUACUCGCAAAGAGGUGACAAUGAAGGACUAUCAGUAUUUUGGGGUUGGAGCGAUUGAAAAGUUCAGGCCAAAGCCUCCAGAAAAGGAUAAAUCCAAGGGGAAACCAAAGGAAACAAAGAUAAUCAAAGUCACCAAACCAGACAGUUGUAUGAUAUUAGAAUUGACGACCGUUCCAGAUCUACUCUUCAAAAACAACAACUGGGGGAUUGUGUCCUUCAAACUAGUGAGGCACUCUCACAGUGGUCCUUGCAUCCACUGGAGACCAUUUUAUAAAGACGAAUCGGACAAACAGGUUGAAGACAUGAUAUUCUCCAUCAUGGAACUAUUGACGAGCGAGGAGAGGAAACGAUAUCUUCAUGGACUCGUUCAGGAGAAGAAUCGACAGAAACAAUCUCAGGAUCUACUUCAAGAACACUUUACCCUGGACUACUUUUCGGAUGGCGGUAAACCGGGCGUUCCGCCACUUCAUGAGCUAUGCCACCCUCCAAUUGAAAUCAAGAAAACGUAUGUCCUUAAAAGAUGUUCAAAGUGCAAUCAAAUCGAAAAGGAAAAGAGGACAUUUAAAAUCUGCAAAAUCUGUUAUGAUAGAAUGCAGGUUCGCUUCAGGUCCUACUGCAGCAGAGAUUGCCAAGUGUCUGAUUGGCCAAGACAUCGUCGAGAACACAAGGAGUUGGAGCGAGUGCGGUGUCUACUCGAGGAGGAGGACUCUAAAGAGGCCUGGGAGAACGAACUGGUCCAAUACAUCAAUGGCUACUACAAGACUGAGGAUACCGUUAGGGCACCGGUCAGACGAGCAAAGUCUGUCACAUCAAGCCAAAAGAGUCAGGAAUGUUCGGAUAGUUCAUGAGCUUCCAACGGGAGAGUCCGGUGAGAUCUGUUGACCAGAUUUUUGGUAAGUUAUUGCGUCACGUUGGUUCGACAUCAAACAAUUGUCAAGUGUUCAGGACUUCAAUGUUGAUUGCAUUUGUGUGGAUUGUAAACAAUUCAGCAUUCUUCAAAGUGAACAGGCUUGAAAAGUAAGACUUUUGAAGCAUUGAUGGAGUCUAUUCUACUGUUUUGGUAUGAGUCUAUAUGGCCUAUACCAGCAAGAUUGAUGGGAUGAACACACUAAGAUGUUGUACACCAUUCUGAACUUAGUGAGACUACACAGGCCUUGAGCUAACGUUUUCAUCAGCUGUGUUUUGGCCUUGCCUGCAUUUAACUUUGACUAGCCUGUGACACUACCUUGAACAAGUUACUAGUGUUUGACUAGCCUGCAUGGCUGCCUGAAGAGCAAAGUUUAACAAGCCAGCCAGGCUACCUAAGAGCCAAGUUUGACAAGCCAGCAGCUUUCUUGACUUGUGUUGUCACAUUGUGCUAGUGACACUAAAUCAAGCUCUGCCAUAUCCCAUAGUACAUCAUACACUUCCAGCAAUCUCCACCACCAUCAGAUGGUAUCGACAUCCGGUUCUGCGUCACAUUGACCCCCACAAGUCCUUCUCUUGACUUCAGAUACCUCUUGAAAAUGAGGUUGCAUUUACAUCACCUUCAAAAUGUUGCUCCAAUUGGAGACAUUUCUGUGUGGAUGGGUGUGCUCCAAUGCUAUGCUUGGAAGGACAGACUGGGCGAAGUCAUCAACUCUUUAUAUUGUUUUGUGAAGACAAAAUUGUAUUUAUUGUAUUACGCAUCCAAUAGCACAAUCAGUAUCAAUACCAGGAUGAAUAGGAAAUUAUAUAUUCACACAAUCAGGAAGGAUCUAAACACCCAAUCCACAUACAAGACUCCGAUCUGAGGUGGGAUUAGAACCAAAUACCAUAGAGGUGAAAGGCAGGGAAAGAAACCACUGAGCCAACCUGAUCCCCAAAUAAAUGCUACUACUUUGUAUAAUGACAAAAAGACAAAUGAACAAACUUUUAAUCUCAAAGUUUAUUUUUUAUACUCUUGGUAUUAGUUAUACCAACUGUUCCAAGAAACUUUUUUUUUCUGAACUACUACGAUGCGGAGAGGAAAAUUUACCUGAUACUCGGCAGUUUGUUUGUUAUGGGUUUUUUUUCUUCUUCAAAUCCAAACAAACUCUUACAAGCAUACCCACAAUUCCUGAUAAAAAAUUGUAGUUGGUCAGUGUAUUUAGGGGCAGAGACCAUUUUAUGGAUGCAAAUGACAAUUUCAUCACUUUGGCCUUUAUUUGGGUGGCAUGGUUGGCUUGUGCUUGAAGCACUCACCUCUCACCAAGGUGACCCUGGUUUGAU